UUCGCAGCGGAGUUGGGAGGUAGCGCAGGUCCCUGGAUAUAUUCCUUUCGUUUUAUCUCAAAAUAAAGCUAACAGUUAGAGUGAAAACUUAAGCAUCCUUGCCCUGAUUUCCCUAGAAGCAGUUGCGAAGUGAAUAAAUAGGUCUUCGCUGUGUGAAGAAGAGCGGAAGGAGAGGGAGAAGACGAAAAGCCGCAUCUUUCCUGAUUUUGGGAGGAAUCACACGGAGAUGGUAAUUUCAACGAUGCUGCUCUGUCUGCUGGCGUUUUCCGCUCUGCUCCUGCACGCCGAGGGCAGACGCGCGGAAAUGACCGUUACCAAUAACAACAAUGGACAUUCUCUGGACAAUGACAAAUGGUUGAGCACCGUCUCCCAGUACGACAAGGACAGAUACUGGAACAAAUUUCGAGAUGAGGUGGAGGAUGACUACUUCAGGAACUGGAGCCUUGGCCAGUCGCUCGACCAAGAGACGGACGUGAGACCCAGCAGGCGUGGGGAACCAGGGCCCAAAGUCCGGGGAGCUGCUGGGAAGUGGAGGAUAGAGGAUGGUCUGGAUGCCACCAAAGACCCUUGUCUGAAGGUGCGUUGCCCCGCCCACAAGGUGUGCAUCACCCACGACUACCAGACGGCCAUCUGCGUCAGCCACCGGCAGCUGCCGCACAGUGUGAAGCCCAGGAGAGGUGGUGUGCCACAUAAGCACUGGAUGGGCCCAGUGCACCAUGGGAAAUGCCGACCCUGUCCAGUGAUCCACCCCAGCCCAGUGUGUGGUUCAGAUGGGCACACAUACUCAUCCAAGUGUAAGCUGGAGUUCCAGGCAUGCACCUCGGGGAAGAGCAUCACUGUGAGGUGUGAGGGGCCGUGUCCGUGUCUGCCAGGCCAGGAAGCCGUGAAGACGCGGAGUGAGAAGAGCACCUGCACCGACCAGGACCUGCGGAGCCUGGCGUCCCGGCUGAAGGACUGGUUUGGCGUGCUCCACCUGGAUGCCAACAGAGACCUGAAAUCCACGGCCACCUCAGACACCACACAAGGCCGGUUUGACACCAGCGUUCUGCCCAUCUGCAAAGAUUCGCUGGGCUGGAUGUUCAACAAACUGGACAUGAACUAUGACCUCCUGCUGGACCACACUGAGCUGAGUGCCAUCUACCUGGACAAGUAUGAGCUAUGCAUGAAGCCACUCUUCAACUCCUGCGACUCCUAUAAGGAUGGCAAGCUGUCCAACAAUGAGUGGUGCUACUGCUUCCAGAAACCUGACGGACUCCCGUGUCAGAAUGAGAUGAACAGGAUUCAGAGCCAAAGCCGACGGAAGACGCUGAUAGGUGGCUUCAUCCCCAGGUGUAAUGAGGAGGGCUACUUUAAGCCCACUCAGUGCCACGGCAGUGUGGGCCAGUGCUGGUGUGUGGAUAAGUACGGGAAUGAGCUGGCUGGCUCCAGGAAGCAGGGCCGCCCCAACUGCGAGGAGGACCUGGAGAGCUCAGGGGAUUUCGGCAGCGGGGGCGCAGUGAUCCUGCUGGAUGAUCAGGAGGAGGAGCCUGAGGCCAUGGGGGGUGGGCAGAGGGAGAGGAGAGGGCGCAUCCACCCGCGGGGGGCCAUCGAGGAUGACGAGGACGGCGAGGAUGACAAAGACGACGAGACCGGCUACGUCUGGUAGCUCUGCCCCCUCCACCAGCUUUCCAGGGACUCCCGUUAUCUGCGAAGAUCUGAAGCCAUUCCCCCUCCCCUUCUGCAUCUCUCUCACUUCUCCUCCUCUUCCUCCCUCCAUCUGUCUCUCUUCUUUCUUCUAUCAUUUUACCCCUCCCUUCCUGCAUCAGUUUUUCUCCUUGUCACUCCCUCUCUCCCUCCUCCUCUCUCUCUCCCUCAACUCUCCCUGCCUCUCUCCCU